AUGCAUUACUAUCGUCAACCAGCGAUGACUGGCAUUGGCUUGGAAUUUGCUCGUCAACAUACUGACUAUCAUAUCAAGAAAUUCGGUUUAACAAAAGUAAAUGUUGAAUUUAUUGAAGGUAAUAUUGAUCAAAUAGAUAAAACAAAUCUUCAAGAAAAUUCAAUUGAUGUUAUUGUAUCAAACAGCGUUGUUAAUUACCGAAGAGAUAAAAAGGCAAUCAUUGAAGGUGUUUGCAAAAUACUCAAACCUGGCGGAGAAUUUUAUUUCUCGGAUGUUUAUGUUAAUCGUCCAAUACCUGCAGAAUAUCAAGAUUUAUUAGCCGGCGAAUAUAUUGGUGGUGCUCUUCGAUGGGAAGAUUUAAUUUUAUAUGCAACAGAAGCUGGUUUUACUCAACCACGUCUUGUUACAGCAAAACCAUAUGUCAUUACAAAUGAAGAUAUUCAAAAGGCUAUAGGUACAACAAAAUUUGUUUCGGCUAUCUUCCGUUGUUUUAAAUUACCAUCUAAUGAUAAUGAUUCAACACCAUUUAAUAUACCAUAUCAAUUAACAUAUGAAACACCUUUAACAAGUGCAGAAGAGGAAUUUUUCUUUGAUCAUUCACUUCAAUUUAAACUUGGCGAAUUAUUAGUUGUAGAUGAUCCAUCAAUUGCCCUUGCAUUAAGUCUAUCAAGAUAUAAAGAUAAUUUUACUUUUGACCCAAUUGCAGCUACAAACGCUGAAACAGUUACAAUUAUUGAAACAAUCGAAGAAUUACCAUCUGUCAGUGAUAAUAAUACUGGUGAAGCUUAUAAAAAAACAACAACGAUAAUUACAACUACGACACCGAAUCAAUAA